CAUUGACGUGUAUCGACAAGUCCUCUAUUACUUUCCACGAUGAGUGAGCCGCAGCGAAUCCUCAUCGUAGGCGGGGGCCAGGGUAUCGGCUGGGAGGUGACCAAAUCCAUCCUGAGACUUUCUCCUCAAGCACGCAUUGCCGUUUUUGGGAUCCAUCUGGAAGAGGAAGUACAAAACCUACCGACCACGGCCAAUGGCCGUGUGCCGGUUGUUUCUGAGGGCGAUAUAACAUCCGAGAAUGACCGCCAAUUGCUUGUUAAAGAAUGCUUGGAGGAGAUGGGUGGUAUUGACACGCUUGUUUUUACCGCGGGGGUCAUUACGCCGAUCGAGCGAAUCGAGAAGCUAAACAUGGAGGAUGUGAAGAGGACCUUCGACGUAAACGUCUUUGGGUGCAUGGCAAUGUGCCAGCUGUGUCUCCCGUACCUCCGCCAGUCACGGAUCAAAAACCCUACGAACGUAGCAUACGGGAAGGCCAUCAUCCUUUCUUCUGGAUGCGACAAAGAGAUCUCCUACCACGGUUGGAUGCCAUAUUGUACUACCAAAGCAGCGCUCACACGCUUCAUCGAGAUGCUUGCGCACGAAGAGCCUCUCCUUACAGUACAGGGCGUGUAUCCGAAGCUGACGCGCACGAAAAUGCCCGAGGACAUAAUUGCAGGCAAGUACAAAGGAGUCAUGGCUGACCAUGAGAUCGAGAAGUUCAGGGUCUGGAACGAAAUUGGGGACGAGAUGGUGGAGCCACCGGAGUGGUGCGGAGAAGCUGUUGGGAAGCUGGCUCUAGGGCUGUAUCCCGGAGGAAAGAGCGGGGAGUCUUUGGACUACGAUAUACAUGUCCCCGUUGGGCUGCGUAGAAAAUGACGUAGAUGUAUAGCACGAAGUGACUUCGAGUGAAGGUGUUCUGGAGGUUGAAGUCACUGUCUAACUUGAUUGGGAAUAGCAGCGGAGUGGGCGCGGUGCUUUCCGUCUGAGCAUACAUGGCGCCUUUCAUGCUUACACCAUGCCCAACACGCCAU